ACAAAGCAUACGCUGUCGGAUCUCUGCCUGUGCAGCUCUGCCAGUGUGAGAGUGUCAUACAGGACACCCUGGCAAAACUGGAGUGUGCAAGUGUGACAUGCAUUGUGUGUGGGAUGCAGAAGCUGGCCUUUGGUUACAGCACCAGUAUCAUAAAGCUCCUGGGUGAAAAAUUUGGUCCCUUUGCAGGGGAGAAGCGAAUGCCACAGGAACUGGAUGAGAGUACAGACUGCAGGCUCAUGUGGGAAGUUCGUGGGAGUAAAGGUGAGGUCCUUUAUAUCCUGGAUGCAAGCAAUCCACGCCAUUCUAAUUGGCUGCGUUUUGUCCACGAGGCUCCAUCACAGGAACAGAAGAACCUGGCAGCCAUCCAGGAAGGAGAAAAUAUUUUCUAUCUGGCUGUGGAAGAUAUUGAAACAGACACAGAACUUCUGAUUGGGUACUUGGAUAGUGACAUGGAAGAAGAGGAGGAGGAAGAAGAAGAAGUAACUGUUAUCCAGGAAGAUGAAGACAGUGGCAACAAUAAAGAAGUGCAACCAGCUGGUGAAAAAAUUCCAGAUCCUGUCACCUGUAAAGAGGACCAUGCAUGCCCAAACUGUGAAUCCAGUUUUGCCAGCCAGGAGAUUCUAGCUGAACAUCUUCAGACUUUGCACCAAAAACCCAGUGAGGAAAAGGAAUUUAAGUGCCGAAACUGUGGAAAGAAAUUCCCUGUUAAACAAGCUCUACAAAGACAUGUACUUCAGUGCACAGAGAAUAUCAACCCAGGGGACUCUUCAAGAAGUUUCCAGUGCUCUGUUUGCAAUACUUCCUUCAGCUCAGAAUCGAGUUAUGAACAGCACAAGGAGGCAUGCAGAGGGGAUGCCAGAUUCAUAUGCAAGGCAGAUAGCUGCGGGAAGAGGUUCAAGAGUAAGGACGCCCUGAAAAAACAUAAAGAAAAUGUUCACAGUGGAAAUUCUAGGAAGAAGCUGAUGUGUUCAGUGUGCAAUAAGAAAUGUUCCUCAGCGACAAAUCUCCAAGAGCACCGAAAGGUCCAUGAGAUCUUUGAGUGUCAGGAAUGUGACAAGAAAUUUAUUUCGGCUAACCAGCUAAAACGCCAUAUGAUAACUCAUUCAGAAAAACGCCCCUACACCUGCGAGGUUUGCAAUAAGUCCUUCAAACGACUUGAUCAAGUGACUGCACACAAAAUAAUACACAGUGAAGAUAAACCUUAUAAAUGCAAGCUUUGUGGAAAGGGAUUUGCUCACAGAAAUGUUUACAAGAAUCACAAGAAGACCCAUUCUGAAGAGAGACCAUUCCAGUGUGAGGAGUGCAAAGCUUUGUUCCGAACCCCAUUCUCUCUACAAAGACAUCUGUUAAUCCAUAACAGUGAGAGGACCUUCAAGUGUGAUCACUGUGAUGCUACUUUCAAAAGAAAGGACACAUUAAAUGUUCAUAUUCAAGUUGUACACGAUGGACAUAAGAAAUACAAAUGUGAUCUCUGUGACAAAGCUUUUGUGACACCCUCAGUCCUGAAGAGUCAUAAAAAAACUCACACAGGAGAAAAAGAGAAGAUUUGCCCAUAUUGUGGACAGAAGUUUGCAAGCAAUGGAACACUGAGAGUUCAUAUUCGAAGCCAUACAGGUGAGCGUCCUUACCAGUGUCCUUACUGUGACAAAGCUUUUAGCAAGAACGAUGGAUUGAAGAUGCACAUUCGCACCCACACAAGGGAAAAGCCGUACCAAUGUUCAGAGUGUAACAAGGCUUUCAGUCAAAAGCGAGGCCUAGAUGAGCACAUGAGAACCCACACCGGAGAGAAGCCGUUUCAGUGUGAUGUUUGUGAUCUGUCCUUCAGCCUGAAGAAAAUGCUGAUCCGACACAAGCUGACUCACAACCCCAAUCGACCGAUGGCGGAAUGCCAGCUUUGCCACAAGAAGUUUACAAGAAAUGACUACCUCAAAGUGCACAUGGAAAAUGUCCAUGGUGAAACUGACAGCUAAUUACGGUGACGUGUGUGAGAAGAAUGGAUCUCACGUUCCAAAGUGCUCCAUUUGUACGUGUACAAACUCCAGACUUCUCACCUGACUAGUAAGCAUAGUCAGAAGGAACAACUGUAAUGUGUUCACGUUAUUAUUCCCAAUUUUUUUUAAUGUACUAAUAAGAUAAAAACCAAAGAAAUACAUUCGCCUGAAGUAAAACAUUACUUGAACAUAAAAUGUUGA